AUGCCUCUGCCACGCACCCGGCAACGAGUCGGUAACAAUGAGAACGACGAGAACGUUGCCGCCCAGUCCACUCGUGUAACACGCGCAAAGGCCGCCGGCCUCUCUAAUUCUGAAGAUGCAAAGAAGCCACUCCAAGCAAAGAAGUCCAACGCCGCCACAUUGAACGGAGCACAGCGACAACGUGCAUUGCGAGACGUCACAAACGCUGCCAAAGCCGUUGAAGUCGUUCAAGAAGGCAAGAAGAUUGCUACUGCCAAGAUUGGUCUACAGUCAAAGGUUGCCCAGUCAACCACAGGUGGUGUUCAGAAGCUCACUCGAACAAACUCAUCAAGAGCUGCCUUUGGUGUCAAGGACAACAAUGUCAAGCCAAAACCUGCCUCUGAUCUCAAGAAGCCUGGAAGUGGUUCUGGUGCUCAUCAAAAGAAGCGAACACAGACUUCUGCCUCGACUGUGCCAUCCUCCAAAGAUGCGACACCAGACGUUGAGGAACCUCCACGAAAGAAAUCAUGCACAAAAGAGGACGUUGAAGCAGCCCAACCCGACGAUCUCGUCGACAUCAUUGCUGAUCUUGAUGCCGAAGACCUCGACGAUCCAUCCAUGUGUGCCGAGUAUGUCCGUGAGAUCUUUGAGUACUACUUCGGCUUGGAAGAAGUCACACAACCAAAUGCCAAUUACAUGGAUCAUCAGGACGACCUGGAAUGGAAGAUGAGAGGCAUCCUUGUUGAUUGGUUGAUUGAAGUGCAUACUCGCUUUAGGUUGCUGCCUGAAACCUUGUUCCUCGCCGUCAACAUUGUCGACCGCUUCCUCUCCCAGAAAGUCGUGCCGCUUGACAAGCUUCAACUGGUUGGUAUUACCGCCAUGUUCAUCGCAUCCAAGUACGAGGAAGUCCUUUCGCCUCACGUCGGUAAUUUCGUUCACGUCGCCGAUGAUGGUUUCACCGUCGAUGAGGUCUUGAGCGCUGAACGUUACACCCUAUCAACUCUGAAAUAUGACUUGAGCUAUCCAAACCCUAUGAACUUCUUGAGAAGAAUCUCCAAGGCUGACAACUAUGAUAUCCACACCCGAACUCUGGGAAAGUAUUUGAUGGAGAUCAGCUUGGUCGACCAUCGCUUCUUGGAAUACAAACAGAGUCAUAUCGCUGCCGCCGCUAUGUACCUUGCUCGCAUGAUUCUUGAUCGUGGUGGAUGGGAUGCUACCCUGACCAAGUUUGCCAAUUACUCCGAGGAAGAGAUCUUGCCUGUCUUCGAUCUCUUGAUCGAUUACUUGCAGGCCCCAGUUGCGCACGAGGCACUGUUCAAGAAAUACGCAAGCAAGAAAUUCCUGAAAGCAUCAAUCCUCUCUCGGAAGUGGGCUAAGGACUACUGUUCCAGCUUGAGAGGUGGCGGCGUGUCGCUGGCCGACACCAAAACUCUGCAAUAG